AUGUCUAAUACUCAAACCGUUGAAGUUGUCCAGUCUGUUGUGCCCACUGUAGCCAACUCUGAACAAACACCUGGCACCCAUGCCACCCUCGCAACAGGUGGAUACGAGUUCCCAGGUAUCCCAAAGAUCGAUGACCCUUACAAGAAGCGACAAUGGCAGUUAGAGCAUAUGGCGGGCGCUUUCCGUGUGUUUGCCCGUAAAGGCUUUACAGAGGGAACGAGUGGCCAUAUCAGCGUGCGCGAUCCAGUUGACCCAACGACAUUUUGGAUCAAUCCAAUGGGAAAACACUUCGGAAUGUUAAAGGCCAGUGAUAUGGUCCACAUUGAUGAGGAUGGCCAGGUCAUCGGCGGCAACAAGACGGCUGUGAAUGCCGCCGGAUUUAUGAUUCAUAGCGCGAUACAUCGAGCACGACCGGAUGUUCAUGCUGCCUGUCACACCCAUUCACCAGCGGGUAAGGCGUGGUCGACCUUUGGCAGACCGCUUGAUAUCAUCAGCCAGGAUACGUGCAACUUUUGGGGUACGCAGGCCGUUUACAAGGCGUUUGGCGGUGUUGUCCUAGGGGCAGAAGAAGGAGAGCGAAUUGCACAGGCAAUGGGUGACAAAGCGCGAGUUAUUAUGCUCCAGAACCAUGGCCUUUUGACUGCUGGUGGAACCGUUGACGAGGCUGCUUAUUUGUUCACUCUUGCCGAACGCUCGUGUGAAGUUCAAAUCAAGGUGGAGAGCACCGGUCUCCCAAAGAAUUUUGUUGGUGAAGAAGAAGCCGAGUUUACUGCACGAGUGAAUGCUGACCCUGAAACCCUCUAUACUGAAUUCCAGCCUGACUUCGAGUACGAGAUCUGGAAGUCAAAUGGAGAGUUGAGCAAGGGGAAUUGA